AUGCUACCACCAAGCCUGCAACACGGCUCUGGUGCCCUCACCCACUCUCGCCGCACCGCCGCCACCGCCAUCACGCCCUCCGCGAGAACCAUGGCGCGCCUCAAGCUUGUGACGCCGCAACGCCGGAGUUUGUCAUGGUGGUCACGCAAGACGCACUGUCUCUCCCAAUUCAACGCCGCCAACAACCCCAAAUGCCUCAAGCCCAGCUUCCGCGUCAGAAAGCUCCUCAAAUCGCCAAAGAUCUUCCAAGACCGGCCCGCGAGCUACUGGGACCGGCCCGGCCUGUGGCGGAUCCACGAAGAGUCCGGCAAGCAGCCCCAGCAGGACAAUAAGCGUGGCAAAGAUCAUCAGGAGGAUGAGGGCUUCUUCGAGCUGAGUCGUGCUGAGAAGGCUUGGCAGCAGCGGAUGGAUGCUUUGAAGAGGCGGCUCGAUGAAGAUCCUCAUGACGCGCUGUUUGGACGGAGCAACGCCAUGCUCAGAGGAGUUCCUUGGGUGCCGAAGUGGCUGAAGGACGAAAUGGGCCUGAACGAUCGAGAGACCGAGGGGUCUCGACGCAAAGAUACUGAGAGCAAAGUCGACGCUGACAGUCCAGCUGCAAAGUCCCCAAAGCCGGAUUCAUGUGCUUCCGCAACGCGGACUGUCGCUCAGCAUGCGGACGGCUCGCCAAAGCCUUCCACCAGUCCUCAGGCGGAUUACGAAUAUGACCCGAUCUCGGGCAAGAUGGUGCCAAAAGAGGCGAGCAACCCCACACAGACACCAACUAAAGCUCAGCCAGACAACGACGGCUGGAUCGACAUUCCUGUGAAGCCGUUCAAGCCUCGAGGCGCUCACCCGACAGCAUCCCAGAGCAAGAAGACGGACACUACCGCCACGAGGGAGUUCGUACCGAAAGAGACUUCAAUCGAGACGGACAAGACUCAAGGUGUGGAGUCUGUCGACCCGCUGAGGGAAGCACUGAAGCAGUACGAGCAACGUGAGAAACAGAAGCAGAUAAAGCCUUCCGCACCGCCUGAGGAGCAGAUAGCGAUGAAUUCGUCUACCGUCACGAAGCCGACAUCGAGCAACAGCAGCCAACCGCGACGUCCAAAUCUCCCGGCUGAUGAUAUUGACCUUCUGCGCCCCAGCGACGUCCGAGCAACCAUGGGCAUCUCGAAGCAUCCAAAGAAAGAGACGCACGAGCAGAAGACAAAGCAGCGCGAGAGACUCGAGGAGGAGUUUGAGAAGGCUCAUGAGGAGGUCGACGUGCCACCCGAGUCGACAGUUCCUAAGUCUGCUGCCAGCUCGGAUCCCAGAGACGCCUUCUGGCAUCAUCUCGACCGCGAGUUGAAAGUCUUGAAGGCAGAUAGGGAGCAAAUCUUGACCUCUAAGACGAGCAUGGAAACGGAGAGUGGGCAGGACGGAACUGCUCUCGGAGCACUGAUGGAGAACCUGCGCGUGAUCAGAGAUAUGAUGAAGGGGAUCGAAGAACUCGCAGUCGAACAGCAGAGGAAGUCAACCAAGAAGCAGGCCGCGAACGAGGAAGGCUCCCGGAGCGCAGAAGUGGACGUGCAACAGCUCAUAGGACCUGGCAAGACUGUGAAAGGACUAGCCUCUGUGCAAAAGAAAGUAAAUGUACUGCAGACUUCACUGGAGAGAUACGCGGCCAAAGAUGGGAAGGCUCAACAAACGACUACUAAAACGGACGACAAGCAAGAGACACCAACCUUGGACUGUAGCACUGUUCAGGAGCAGACUGUUGUCCCAGAGUCCGAACCGGCCGAGGUAAAUUCCUCAAACACGGCUACGUCCGGUCUCUCUGAGGACGUGAACGCAACCGCAGAAGCAGUUAAGCCUCCUGUUGAUGCCUGGGACUACUCGACUAUCCCGCAAGGCCUGGAGCCUUCCUAUGCCGAGGAAGUCGAAAGGAAGAAAAACGGCAUCAAGACUCCCGGAGAGCUGCAGAGGGAACAAGAGGCAGCGGCCAUCGCUCUGGCAGCUGAUCCGUAUGACAAGACUCCCCAGGGUCUUGAAACCUCGUUCCAGCGUGAGCAAGAAAGAAAAGCUAUGGGCAUCAAGACUGCGUAUGAGGAGCGUAUGGAACGGGAGGCUGAAGGGAUAGCGAAAGCGGCAGAUCCGUAUGACAAAACGCCGCAAGGCCUUGAGACUUCCUUUGCGCGCGAGAUAGCAGCUGGCCGAAGUCUUGAGAAUGAGAUCCAGGCCAGGGAGAUUGCUGCGAAUGAGAUGACUGAUGGUUAUGACACCGGAAGGAGCCUACCGGAGACGGCCAAGGCCAGGACCAGUGUGGACGCAAGAGCGGAAGAUCCGGUAGACACGUGGGGGUAUUCGCUGAAGCCGAUGGGCUUGGAGACGUCUUUCGCGAAGGAGAAGGCCGCUGGUCGUAAGCUAGAGGAGGAGAUCAAGGCGCAGAAGAAUGCCAUGACGGCUUGGGAGGACCGCUUCUCGCAUGAGUUUUCGACGGGAUUGGAGACCAGCUUUGCUCGGGAGUGCGCCGAUGUUGCCAGUGGCAGGAGGAAGAGCCUCGAGCAAGAGAUGAAGGAUCAUUCAUUGGCUACUGCGGCCGUAAACGCUGCGGUGCGUAGGGGCAGUAGGCGGCGGGCUGCUGAAGAGGCUGCGAAGAACGCGCAAGAGGAGCGUGAUGUGGAGCUUGUAAGCGAUGUCCGAAAGAUCUAUGAGGACCACUAUGGCACCAUUCACACAAAGCACCAGCAAGGGUCGCCGGUGGCUGCGGAGAUGCAAGGUCGAGUUGACGAGGGCGUGCACGAGGCGCUCAAAGAGUUCGAGGUGCGGACAAACAAAGACUACAGCUUCAAACCGGACAACCUCGAGGCCGAACUCGCGUCACAGCACAAAGCGGCCGCCAAGGCACAAAGCUCACUCGAGACGCGCGCAACAGCUCAACCUCAACCGCAAUCGUCGAUCUCCUCUAGUGUUACUGUCGAGUCACCCCAUCCAGUGGUCAUCCAGAAUCGGCAUCAGAAACUUGACCAAGCAGUGACAAAGGCGCCUGAACUAGCUCUCUUACCACGACGCGAACCAGCUACCUACAAGAUUCUAGCCUACGACGUCCACGGCGCUUCCGUAACAACGGCAACGACGUUCUCAACACCGACUUCUGAAGAGAAGCCGCUCCCACUGACCGUGUCCCUCUCCGGUCUCACGUACCCGGCACCGUUCCUUCCACACCUUCCGAGCCUAGCACGUGAUGGAUUCGUUCCCGUCUCUGCUACGUCGGACCUCCUGGUCUUCCGCAAGCUUGGCAAGGACGAUGGACUCAAGGCUCUACUGGCCUCGGCCCCCGAAUUUAGCCAAACUUAUGACGGCCGCGCGGGGACAAGCAGCGAGGAAGCCCCGGAAACCCGCCGCAACAUGAACCCAGUGGACGGGACGACUCCACCUACAGGCAACUUCGCGAGCCCGACUGGCUUCGUGAAUCACGAUCCCAUUUCCACCGCACCCCCUCCCAAUUCUCCAUUAUCAGCAGCAUCUUCGGUGGAUCCAGCCCUGAAUCCCAAUUCCGCCUCCUUCCUUUCCAGCAUCCACGAGAGCCCGUCGGCAGCGUCGAGCUACCCGAUGUUCCCGUCCUCGUCUGCCUCCGCUGCUGGUCCGCAGCAGGGACCGUGGGUCAGGCGCACGGAGCCGGUGUUUUCGGGCAGUGAGCGUAAGUGGAGGAACGGAAAUGGGAAGCACGGGAAGAAGGCGAAGAAGGAGACUGGAACGGCGAGGCGGGUGCUCGUCAGUGCGAUCUGGGCGGCGGCUUGCUGCUAUGUCGUUGGUGUCGUGGCGGAGGUGGUGAAGAUGGGAGCUUAG